GAGCCUCCAGACUUUUCUGUGUGUGACGGUGCUGCUCUGCAAAUUUACAGGAUGUCUUUCGAUCGUGGGGGGCCGUGAUGCACAGAAGGGGGCGUGGCCCUGGAUGGUCCACCUGGAGAUGCAUUACGCAGAUGGCAGAAACUGGACGUGUGGAGGAUCACUGGUCUCAGAUCAGUGGGCCUUGACUGCAGCUGGCUGCUUGGGCGGCAGGAGUGGGCCAGCGCUCCCAGAGCGUUCGUUUGCUCGUGUCGGGGAACUGAGUCUGUUGGAACCUUCUGGAAGGAAGGUGGAGCUGAAGCGGGUGGUGCUGCACCCAGACUACAGAUAUGAUGGACGUAGUUUCUACAACAACAUCGGCCUGGUGCAGCUGACGGAGGCCGUGUCCUUCUCCGACACAGUGCAGCCCGUGCUGCUGCCCAGCCCCCGAGACCAAUUCAGCCCCCACACUGAGUGCUGGCUCACCGGAUGGGGUGAAGUAGCUUGGGGCGCACCGCUGGGUGGGAAGAAGACUCUCCAGGAGCUGCAGGUUUCUCUCACUGAUGAGGCCACAUGUCGUCAGAUCUACCCCAAGAAGACUGACAGCAUGAUGUGCGCUGGUGACCUGAGGGGAGGAAAAGGCUCCUGUAGGGGUGACAUUGGUGCGCCCCUAGUGUGUGUCCUAGCAGGAGAGGUGGAGAGGAGGUUUGUGCAGGUCGGCAUCAUCAGCUUUGAAUUGGACUGUGGUCGUGUGGGAGACCCUACAGUCUACACACACGUCCUCCACCACACACAGUUCAUCAGGGACACCAUUCAAGAGGCAGAAUGCAACGAUCUGCCACCCUCUGAAGCAUGUUUUCUGUAAGCAGCCAGUGCUGAAGUCCUUUUUAAAAUGAUUGAAUAUUAUUCAGUAAUAGUUGAUCAUGCAUGUUAACCCCUUCAGCUGCCCACUCGUAUAACCCUCUGCAGGGCCACAUUCAUCUUCAUUACAUUUGCUCAUGCUUGAUGCACUUUGAUGUACUUGAUGGUCUGCUCGUAUUGCUCUUAAAAUAAA